UUCGCCGGAAUCUGUCACCGCGAACAUGUCCAAUGCACGCGAUGAGCCCGCGACGUCGCGGAACUCCAAUUAUCAGCGAGACAUUCGAUAUACCUUCAAGUUGAACAACUGGAUUCUGGGCUCGCUCGGCAUUUGGCCGAUCGCGAUACGAGGCAUCGGACGGCACGUGUCCAAGAUCGCGAUCGCGUUCUUUAAUCUCGCGCUGAGCUUCGCGAUAGUGCCCUGCGCUCUGCAUAUCGUCUAUGAUCAAAAAAACAUCAUCAUAAGACUGAAGCUAAGCGGUCUGCUGGCCUUCUGCCUCACCGCGAUGACAAAGUACUGCGUCUUCGUGAUACGUCGCCCUAAGAUACACCGUUGCAUCGAGUACGUGAAGAACGACUGGUGGCAGGUGACAUUCAAGUCCGAUCGCAAACUGAUGCUGAAGUACGCCACCAACGGUCGCAAUCUGACGAUAAUCGGCGUGUCUAUCAUGUACAUCGCCGGGUUCAUUUAUCAUUUGGUUCUGCCGUUUUGUACCGAGCACAAAAUCAACAAUCAAACCAUCAGACCGCUCGUGUAUCCGAUCUAUAGUAAAUUUAGCCAAAGCUCACAAAUUAGCCCAGUAUACGAGAUCGUGUAUGCGGCUCACUGUAUGUGCGGAUACACCAUAUACUCGGUGACAGCUGGUGCCUGCGGAUUGGCCGCUUUGUUCGCCUCUCACAUAUGUGGCCAAAUCCAAAUACUUAUAUCACGACUAGAAGACUUAUUAGCCGGCGAAAGAUUCGAACAGACCCCAAACGUCCAUGAUCGAAUCGCCGCCAUUGUGAGAAAUCACGUACGAAUAAUAAGAUUCGCGGCCAUAGUGGAAGAAGUUUUGCAGGAAGUGUGUUUAGUAGAGUUCACUAGUUCUGUAUGCACGAUAUGUCUACUCGAAUAUUACUGCAUAGUGGAUUGGAGAGCGAACGAUAGAAUUGGUCUAGUGACUUAUUUUCUGCUUCUUGUGUCAUUCAUCUUCAAUAUCUACAUAUUGUGCUACAUCGGCGAGCUUCUCAUGGAAAAGAGCAGUCAGAUCGGAUCAAUAUGCUACAUGAUUAAUUGGUAUCAACUAUCGCCAAAAUCAGCACGCAGUCUUAUAUUGAUAAUCGCAAUGGCCAGCCAUCCCAUAAAAAUCAGUGCCGGUAGAAUGAUAGACUUAUCAGUAACGAGUUUUGGAAAUGCGAAAUUCAGCGCCGACCGCGACUUGAUGCUGAAGUACGCUACCACUGGCCGUAGACUGUCCAUGAUCAGCGCGACUUCCAUGUACAUUGCCGGCUUCAUUUAUCAUACAGUUCUGCCGUUCUGCACCGAGCAUAAGAUCAACAACCAAACCAUUAGACCACUCGUGUAUCCAACUUACAGUAAGUUCUUUAAAACGCAGGAAAGCCCGAUAUAUGAAAUGGUAUAUCUGGCCCACUGCAUGUGCGGAUACACCAUGUACUCGGUGACGGCCGGAUCGUGCGGAUUAGCAGCAAUAUUCGCCACCCACACGUGUGGCCAGAUCGAGAUAAUCGUAUCUCGUCUCGAGGAUCUUUCACGUGGCAAAAACUUCGAGCAAUUGUCGGACGUUAAUCAACGAAUCUCUCUCAUUGUGAAAAAUCACGUUCGAAUAUUGAGAUUUUCCGCCGCCGUGGAAGAAAUUUUACAGGAAGUGUGCUUAUUGGAAUUCGCCAGUUCUAUAUUCACAAUGUGUUUGCCCGAAUAUUUCUGCAUAGUGGACUGGGAAGACAGCGAUGCAGUAGGCUUAACAACUUAUUUUCUGCUCUUUAUUUCAUUCUGCUUCAAUAUGUAUAUAUUAUGUUACAUUGGGGAGCAACUCAUGGAAAAGGUAUACUUAUAGACUUAAUAAAAUUAAGCAUUUAAAACUUCGUAACGUUUAAUUAUUCCAUUUUCGCAAACAUGAAAACAAACAUACAGCCUU